GCACAAGCGACCGGGCCGCUUCAAAUUGGAGUCUCCUUUUUCUCGACUCCUACUAGGCUUGGCUUAGUAGCUCUGCUGCCGUGUUCCGGCAGACGUACAUACGGAUACCAACAUCUCCUUCCGUCGCCAAGAGAGGAAACCCAUUUUCAACGCCAAGUGAGGAAGCUUUCCCCUGUCAGAGAGGACGAAGACGUCUCGUCACGUCCUGGAACAGCACCUCGCGUCACACGAUCCAUAUUUACAGGCCAGCAGUUGUUGGCUACCAGCGGCCUGACAAUGUUUGUGAGAGACAUUAGGCGCCUAUUACUAUUUGUAGUGCCUAUCCUCAUCCUCCUCUGCACCAUCAUCAGUUUUUAUAGGCAGUCACCAGCUUUAUCUAGAGUGAAUCAAUGGAUCCAGCCCGCCGUCGACAAAACGGACUCUAAUCAGGGCAAAGAAAAUGCCGGUCUAACUCAUGGAGAAGAAGCAGAAGUGCCGAUAAGAAACAAGUCUGCUCCGCUUGAUAUUCAGACCUCUCACCAGGAGAUCUUCUCAACCUCAACCUCGGAUAAGAAGUACUUUUCCAUCGACUUUGUGGGCAAGCACAAUGGCAUGAAUCCCAACAUCAUCCCUCACCCAACUCUGGAAAACACGUGGAUCGUGGCAGCUCAGAUGGUACGAGGCGAGGAUGAGCAAACCGUCCACUUCACAGAACUUGUUUGCAACGCUGUUUUUCAAGGUAACGUCUUACGAUGCCUUCAGUCUCCAAAUAUCCUCCCUGUUGUGCCCACAAAGGGCGGCAAAUGUGAAGGUGAUCUCGCGUACUUCAACUUCAACGUCGGUCCUCACGACGCCCGUGUUGUGUACGGCCCAGAUACGCCGUACAUCAUUUACGGCUCGAAUUCCCAGUUCACGUGCUUCGGCCAGUUCAUUCAAGACUUCCGCGAACUUAUUGACUGGAGAGGCCGGGAAGCCGGUUCUGAUAGAUUUCUUGUGGGGACAGAGAUGCAGCGCCCGCUGCCUUGGAAUGCCAUCGAGAAGAACUGGUUCCCUUUCUGGGACCCCUUUGGUCAGAUGUAUAUUCACUACGACGUCUCGCCUAAACGGGCCUUUGCUCAAAUCAACGCCGAUGGCUCGGUCGGCCUCGAUCUAUCAAUUCUAACCGAGGCGGACGAUGCUAAAUGCAUUGCAAAAUACUUUCCCCCGAUCCUCAACUCUCUCGAGUCAAUCCAUCAGGCGUCCAACUCGCUUAAAAUCACCAUGUGCAAACGGACAGAUGCCAUCUGCAUUGCUAAUGAAAGUAACACCUUCAUUUUCACCAUAUGGCAGCACAAGACCUUUUACAACUUCCACGGAGUUUAUGAGCCGUAUAUUAUGCUCUUCCAGGAGCAGGCACCUUUCGCAAUGCACGCCGUGUCGAAGAAGCCGCUUUGGAUCCACGGUCGCAAGCAGCAGCUUGACCGAGACACCUCAGACAUGUUUUAUGUUACAUCAAUCGCUUGGAAGCGUCCCGGCGUUACGUAUCACGGAUAUCUGGACGAUGAGCUCUUCAUUGGAUUUGGCAUUGAAGACAGGGAGUCAGGGGCCAUUGAUGUUACGGCCGAGGAGUUAAUGUCGGGACUUGGGCUUUGCGCAGAGGCAUAAGAGGCACAGUAUACCCGUUAAAGUGCCUUUUCGAUGUCACUGUUUCUUAUAUCCUUACUCUUUUACCCAUUUUCAAUUUUUUUUGUAAAGCCAAUUUUUUCUUACUUUUGGUGUACUACUCCGUACCUAGUACUAUAUCAGCUACCUAGGGAGAGUUUACGAAGAG